UCAGUUCCCGGGAAGCACAAGCUCCGAAACAGGGAAGAAGAUGGGGAUCAGAUUCAUACUGCUAGUGAACAAGCAAGGCCAGACCCGCCUUGCCCAAUACUACGAGUACCUCACUCUCGAACAAAGAAGAGCUCUCGAGGGUGAAAUCGUCCGGAAAUGCCUUGCCCGUACAGAAAAUCAGUGUUCAUUUGUCGAGCAUCGUAACUACAAAAUUGUCUACAGGCGAUAUGCAUCAUUGUUUUUCUUGGUUGGAGUUGACAACGAUGAGAAUGAGCUAGCUAUUCUGGAAUUCAUACAUCUGUUAGUGGAAACCAUGGACCGCCAUUUUGGCAAUGUGUGUGAGCUGGACAUAAUGUUCCAUUUGGAGAAGGCACAUUUCAUGUUGGAGGAAAUGGUCAUGAAUGGGUGUAUUGUUGAGACGAGCAAGUCGAACAUUCUGGCUCCAAUUCAAUUGAUGGACAAAGCUUCCUAACUAUUUCAAUGAAGUCAUAGUUGGUUCUUAUGUAUCAAAUUUAGGCUUCUGUUCUAGCCUUUUUCAUUUUUCCCCUUUCCUUUUCUGCCACCCCUGUUGAUGUUCAGUAAUGAUAUGCUUUGUUGCACAGCACAUUGGUGUAUUCCAUACCAGUUUUUUCUCA